AUGGCGGACGCCGGAUUCUUCAAAGGAACCUCUGCGGACCAGGACAGACGCUUUUCGGACAAGGAGGUCAAGCUUCUCAAAACGAUGAAAUUUCCUCCUGAGUUCGACAAAAAGGUCGACAUGAGGAAAGUCAAUCUGACCGUCAUCAGACCUUGGGUAGCCAAAAAGAUUGUGGAACUCAUUGGAUUUGAGGAUGAAGUCGUUGUAGAAUACGCCAUGGGUCUUCUCGAAGACGAAUCACAACCAAUGCCGGACCCCAGGAAAAUGCAAAUCAACCUUACGGGUUUCCUCACUAAAGACACUCCGGUUUUCAUGAAUGCCUUGUGGAAGCUGCUUCUUGAGGCGCAAGACGACGUGACUGGUGUGCCACGGACGUUUGUGGAACAGAAGAAGGAAGAGAUGCGAAGAGCUCGCGAGAACGAUACACGGGCCAUUGACGAACGAGACCGUCGUGCCCGCCUUGACGAAAUUCGUGACGGCGAGAGAGGGGGUAGAGGAGGAAUGAGAGGUCGAGGUCGCGGUCGCGGUCGCGGAGGUCGUGGUGGCUUUGAUGACAGUCGUGGAGGGGACAGGCCGCGUGACGCUGGAUGGGGUGCCAGAGGUGGAGGUCCUCCCGGUGGAUCUCGACGUCGAAACUCACGUUCGCCACCACCUCGUCGUCGCUCUCGCUCCAUUACUCCCAAAGGGGGCCGUUCACCGCGCCGAUUCAGGUCACCGCCUCGUCGCCGGUCUCCCUCCUACGAAGCCAGCUGUCGGUCACGCUCGCGCUCGAGACCACGGUCUCCUCCCGGCAAGAGAAGGGCAUCUCCAGGCCGCAGACCAACCCCUCUGCGUCGGUCUCCUUCUCGUUCUGUAUCUCGGUCUCCUCUGCCAAACAGACGGAGACCAAGAUCACCUAUAAGUCCUCCGCGCGAGCGAGCCCGCCGUGGAAAAGAGCGGGACAGUCGUAGACCCCCCUCCAGGCGCCGUCGCACGUCUCCUCGAUCGACUUCGGCUUCUCGCAGUCGUUCAAGGUCCCCUCCUCGCAAGUACGCGCGUAGACAUAGUGGCACACCCGUAGGAAGGAAGAGAAGCAUGAGUCCUCGACGUCGUAGACGCAGCCCGUCGGGUUCAAGGUCUCGUUCGCCUCCUCCGCGCCGGAGAAGCCACAGUCGAGGUCACAGAACAUUAGGCAAGAAUCCCAGGCGCGAUAGCAGCAGCCGAGAUAGUAGAUCUCGCUCUCGCUCUCCUCGCGCUUCCAGUCGUGAAGAGGAUACCAGGAUGGACGUUGACUCUCCUCCUGAGGGUUCUGGUGGCGGAGGUGUACUUGGAGAAUUGAAAAUCAAGGGCCAAGCAGAAAUAGAACGUAGGAAAAGUAAGUGGGACGCUGAUGACGAUCAGGACGCGAAUAAGGUACAACUGGAGAAACGCGAGAACGAACUGAAAGAAAAAGCUUUACGCAACAAAGUGAUGAGGUCGCGAAAGAAGAGCAGCAGCUGA